AUGGGGGAUAAUCCACCUCCACGGGAGGCCACGGUUAACAUUGCCGAUGAUAAAAAUAGAGGCAUACGGGACUACGCCACUCCCGAAUUUGGUCAGUUGGCCGCGGGAAUAGGUAUCCAUGAAAUUGAUGUCAUCUCUGCUUUAAAUGCUCAAAUUGUAGCUUUAACUAAUUUGGCUAAAAACAAUUUACGUUUGAAUGGAGAGAAUAAUCAAGUUCAAUCCAUUAUGUCCAACCCACCUAUGCCUGAAUCUUGUGUCUUUUACGGUGAGGGCCAUUCUUAUGAAUAUUGCCCCAAAAAUCCCGUCUCGGUGAAUUAUGUUGGGAGUCAUGCUAGAAAUAGCCCAUUUUCUCCCACAUAUAAUUCAAAUUGGAGGAAUCACCUCAAUUUUUCUUGGACCGGAAAUCCUGGACUUCAACCCCCCGGGGUUACUCAAGUCCAAAAUCGGCCACAAAAUCCCCCGGGAUAUGGGCAAGGUGCUUCGCACAAUUACCAAAAUGGACAAUCCUCACACUCAUACAUGCCUAGGCAAAAUGCAUUGGACGGUAAUGGUUCACUCGAAUCAUUACUUAAAGGUUUUAAAAACCAAACCAAUGCAACGUUAAGGAGUUUCGAAACCCAACUCGGCCAAUUUGCCGCCGAUCUAAUGGGUAGAACUUUAGGAACUUUGCCUAGUGACACGGAAACCCCUAAGGGUAAAGAACAUAUCAAAGCCGUGACCGUGUUGAGUGAGGAGAGUUCAAAAGUCAAUGAUGAUAUAAAUGAAACUGUCGAAGAACCGACACAUCAAAACGAGAAAACAGUUCCUAUUUCAACUUCCAGUAAUGUGCAUCUCUCUAUCGAAAAACCCGACAGUGGGAAGAUUGUGCCCACUGUCCAACCGAACAGAUCCGUUCAAACAGCUCCAAAUUUGCAGAAUUUACCUUUUCUAGAAAGAAUGAAAAGCAAAAAUGUGGAUGAGCAGUUUAAGAAGUUUUUGGACAUCUUUAAACAACUCCACAUUAACAUACCAUUGGUAGAAGCUCUCGAGCAAAUGCCAAGUUAUGUUAAAUUUUUAAAAGACAUUUUGCAUAAAAAGAGGAGGUUGAAUGAAUUCGAAACGGUUGCUUUGACCAAAGAAUGUAGUGCGUUCCUUACUUGUAAAAUUUCUCCCAAAUUAAAAGACCCGGGAAGUUUUACCAUCCCGUGUUCGAUAGGAGGAAAAGCAGUAGGUCAUGCCCUAUGUGAUUUGGGGGCAAGCAUUAAUCUUAUGCCAUUGUCAGUUUUUAACAAGCUAGGAAUAGGUGAAGUUCGUCCAACGACCGUGACUUUACAAUUGGCGGAUAGGUCCAUUGCAUAUCCUAAAGCUAAAAUUGAGGAUAUUUUGGUCCAAGUCGAUAAAUUUAUUUUUCAGGCCGAUUUUCUAGUUUUGGACUAUGAAGCUGACAAGAACGUCCCCAUCAUCUUAGAACGACCUUUUCUUGCUAUCAGGAGAACAUUAAUUGGUGUGCAAAAGGGGGAGUUGACCAUGAGAGUUAGUGAUCAAGAAGUGAAAUUUAAUAUGUUUAAUUCUCUUAAGUUUCAUGGAGAGGUAGGCGAUUGUUCAGUCAUAUCUGCUUUAGGUGAAGACCUAGAAAUAAGUUUGAUUGACAUUCCCUACAAAAAUAAUAUUGGGGAAAAUCUUGAGGACAUUUUGGAAGAAAAUGAUGAGUUGGAAGAUUUAGAAGAUUUGGAAGAUUUAGCGGCAUUUGAGCAACUUGACUUUAAGGAUAGAAUUGUCCAACCACCAUCCAUAGAAAAAGCCCCCGAUUUAGAGUUAAAGCCRUUACCUAGUCACCUUAAGUAUGUUUAUCUUAUGGAGGAGGAAAAAUUACCCGUAAUUAUUUCUUCGAAAUUAAGUAAUUAA